AUGGGCGCUCUCGUCUCCAUCCCCCUCGCAGGCACCAGCUGGCUCGCGUCCUGUUUUGGUGCCGCCGCGUGCUCGGCGUUGUGCUCGCUGCUUGGCGGCUCGUUCCAAUCAGCCACCAUGACGCGGCUCUCGUACGCCGUGCUUUUGCUUGUCAACUCGCUCGUCUCGUGGAUCGCGCUCUCGCCGUUCGUCGUGCACAAGCUCGAAAAGGUGCUGUUUGGCUUCAUCAACAGCCGCUGCGGCCCGGACGGCAAGCAGUGCAUCAGCUUCACGUCCGUGCACCGCAUCAACUUGGCCUUGGGCGUGCUCCACCUUGUUUUGGCGGCGCUCCUUGCCAACGUCCGAAGCACGGCCAACCCGCGCAACGUGAUCCAGAACGGCUGCUGGAAAUGGAAGGUGGCGGCGUGGGCGGCGCUCGUCGCCGUCAACUUCCUCGCCAUUCCGGACGCGUUCUUCGUGUUCUACGGCAACAACAUCGCCAUUGUGUUCUCCACCGUCUUCCUCGGCAUCGGCUUGGUGCUCUUGGUGGACUUUGCGCACGCGUGGGCCGAGAAGUGCCUCGAGCAAAUCGAGUUGGAGGAGUUGACGGGCGGCGACGAGUACAACGCCGCGUUCUGGAAAAAGCUCCUUGUGGGCGGCACCUUGUCCAUGUACGUGUGCAGCGUCGUGUUGACCGUGGCCAUGUACGUGUUUUUCGCCGGCCCCGGCUGCUCCAUGAACCAGGCGGCCAUCUCCGUCAACUUGGUGUUGGCGGUCUUGAUCUCCGCCGUGUCCGUCAACCAGAGCGUGCAGGAGUCCAACCCACACGCAGGCUUGGCCCAGGCGCUGAUGGUGGUGUUCUACUGCUCGUACCUCGUGCUCAGCGCCGUGGUGUCCGAGCCGGACGACAAGCUCUGCAACCCCCUCGUGCGGUCCCGCGGCACGCGCACGCUCUCGGUGUUUUUGGGCGCUCUUUUCACGUUCGUGGCCUUGGCGUACACCACGACGCGGGCGGCCAACUCGUCGUUCUUCGAGCCCGAGCACCCGCCCGCGGUCUCGGCGCCCAUUUCUGCCCAGCCCAGCGAGAGAAACCAGAUGCGGUACGCGGCCAUCAAGCAGGCCGUGGACGAGGGCUCGUUGCCCGAAAGUGCGCUUUCGCAGCUCGACCUCUACGAGGACGAGAGCCGCUACGGCGCGGGCCCAGACGACCGCCAGGUCAAGUACAACUACACGGUGUUCCACAUCAUCUUCUUCUUGGCCACGCAGUACAUCUCCACGCUCCUCACCAUCAACGUGACCCAGGACAACGUGGGCGACUUCGUGCCGGUGGGCCGCACGUACUUUUCCAGCUGGGUCAAGAUCAUCAGUUCGUGGGUGUGCUACGUGCUCUACGGCUGGAGCUUGGUGGCGCCCAUGUUGUGGCCCGACCGUUUCAGCACGAUGCAGAUCUAG